GGGUAAGUGAAGGUGGGGCUGGGAAGCAUCCUGUCCUUCAGCUGCCACAUAUUCCAGAACUGAAGCACCCGUCCUAUAUUAGUUCUGUGUGCCUGCCUCAAACAUCUGUUUCAUCAGAGACCACAACUGGACAGGAGGAGAUAAAUCUUCCUUACCCAUAUGCAAUUCUAAUUACACAUUCAAAUAUUUGAAAACGUCUUCGUCUGUAUCCCGCCAUUUACUUUGCUCUGUCUUGUUGAUAGUCUGAAAAAUGGCAAGCAAUUUGUGCUGAGCUUCCCUCACCCGGAAUUACGUGGAUCUGUCUUCCUGUUGCUCUCACACCUGUUUCUCUCCUCCAGUGCUCCUCCCUCGUGCCCCUGAUUCAGCCAGUGGCAACAACCAAAUCUGCACAAACAUCUGUGGCACCUCCGCCUCCGAGUGUAAGUACCUGGCGAUGCCCUUGUGCGUAUCUCUGUACAAGGGAAGACCCAGCCUGCAACCUUUGACACCAUUGCAAAAUCAGCUCUGAUAAUAAAUGGCUCUGAUAAAAAGAUACUGCAAUGUGGUAGAUUGCACGGCAGGGUAUGUGUUAUACAUGGCGUGAUCAAACAGGGCAAUGAAGCUUCAAGUAAAACGGGGUUUCCCUUAUGUUCUGCAAGCUCUUAGGGUUAAGAUUCCUUUGAACGUGUGGAUGUGUGUGUGAGAGAGAAUAAUCCUGCAUCCUUCAUUUAAAGGGGUUUGAUCAAGACUGCCAUUCAUCAUUCUCUGCCCCUCCCUUCCAAUCUUGCCAGGCCAAUAAGAUGUCUGUGGCAACUCUGAGAUCCGGAGCCACUGCCCACGUUUUGCCUCCUAUUGCUGUGGUGCCCCGUCGCCGAUCCCAGCAGAGCCGUUGCCUGUCCACACGCUCAGGUGCCUCUUCCCUCCUUUUUUGGGUGUGGCCUGGCCUGUUCUGGAGGUGGGCAGACAUGGUUAGGUAAUGAGUGUUGACAGAAGGUUUAGCAGUAGAACUAGAGAAUAUGCUGCAAUAAGCUUUUCCGUUUCCAAAAUGGAAAAUAGGAUGUUCCCAGAAUGUUGUAAAGGGAGUUGGGGACAGUGAAGGGACAAAAGAUCCUGUUCUGCCUGGGCUCCUCUUCGCCAUCCCGUUUUCCUUAGUUGUAAGUGGGGAUGGGGCAUCUACUCAAUACAUGCUCAGGGUACUUAUGCCUUUCCUUUGAAGAAAGGGUGUGCAGUCCAAACAGAUUUGGAUGCGGUGCUGGUUUAGAGGAGGAGGAGGAGGGGUAGAACUACAAAACCACGAGCCAUGUUAUGUGCAAGAGACUGGCAGGCAGACUCUGAGUGUGUCCAAAUGGUUUAAUCGUGAUCUCAGAUGUGUAGGUUUGGAUUCAUAGGAGCUAGAAUAGCAAGAAUGGCUUUAUGAGGAGCAGGGAGAUAUUUGGCUUGUCUCCCCCUCCUUUAAAGAUGGGGUCUGGUUUGCAAACUUUUGAGUCCAUUCUCCCACCUGUCUGUCCUCUGGACAGUUGACCGCCACCAUGCUCCCAAGCCCAGGACCACUGGAGGGGAUUGAGCAAGUUGUCUGCCCCACCUUAGCCCAGGUUCCUGGCCAACUCCGUCCACACAGAGCAGUCACACUGAGUUCUUGAUUGUGGGCUUCUGCACCCCCAGGGCGUCAUACUCCAAAUGGGAGCCUGCAGAUGGAAGUAGGUAGACCAGUGCUAAGAUCCAACAGUGACUUCUGGGAGGUGCCAGCUUGAACGCUGGACGAAAGUGUCCAUGCCUUUAAAUGUGUCUCUGAUGUGUGGUCUUCUCUCCACAGACGCCACUUCCUUCUGGGGCAGCAGUGAGGGGUCAGGCAGAAGUAAUAGCCAGGCUGAGAGUGACACCAUUGGCACGAAGAUUAGGACUGACUUGAGGGGUGUUCAGGACCCCUUUUCUCCUUCUCGCACACAGGGAACACCACCCCUCCAAGAGCACCACUUUACUUCCAAGACGGUGAGAAAAGAACAGGGCUGCCUCUCAGCAACGCCCUCAGCUGGAGUGCUUAUCUGCUGGGAUUCUUUCAAGUGCUCUUAAUGAUAGGUUGACUGGGUUCUCCUAAGCCAACUGUCUGCAUUUGUUUCCAAUUUUGUGCAAGUCUCAUAACUUCCUGUUAAAAUCUUGUAACACUGCAUACUACAAAAGUUCUGCUUCUGUCUUGCCCAAGAGUGCUCGCCCUGGUGGCAAUCAUGCAGUAACAUUUUGAAAGCAUCUCAGGAUAGCUGAUAAAGUGGAACAAUCUGUGGGUGCUCCAGUACAAACCCACCACUAAGGAACUAAGGAUCAUGCCAGUAACAUGGUGUGGAAUAUACCUACAAAAAAAGCUCCAUGAAGAAGAGAUUGGGGUGGGGGCAGGCAGGGGCAGCACCAGAGCCUGUGCCAAUUGGACUCUCCCCUCCCCACCUACCCCUGGGCCAACUAUACCUUUUGUAUCAUUUAUUUGAUGUUUUAAAACUGUCAACCGCUUUGGCAGAAAGGCAGUGUAUAAAUGCAAUAAAUAAAUCCAAGAGCUCCACUGGACAAAUUCAAGCUAGAGGGAUAUUGUACAAAGGGGCAAGCUAUGGGAAGCCUGUGGUCUUUUUCCUCUUGAUCUCUGCUGUGCUCAUCUAAUGCUCUUCUCUCUUCCCUGGCUACAAGAUGAUCAGCCUGGAGUCGUGUGCGGUUUGCAAAUCCCGCCUGCGCUUUGGGAAGAUGGCCCUGAAAUGUCGGCCCUGCCAGCUUGUAGUGCAUCCUGAGUGCAAAGAACGCAGCCCGUCCGUGUGCAGGCCGACUGCCUCCCCCAGAGCGAGAGAGGUGAGGACGCUUCCCUGGGAUGGGAGCUCGUGGGGCUUUUAUUUCAGUGCUGCCGGCUUUGCCGGGGGCAAGAGCAAUUCGGGUGGCUGGGGUGACAUGUGCGGCAGGUAUGGCUGAGCUGUUUCCCCCCAAUCCACAUUGAUGGCUACUAGCCGUGAUCAAUGGCUACUAGCCACAAUGCCUGUGUUCUUCCUCCACUGUCAGACAGUAUACCCCCCGACUACCAGUUGCCUCUUCUAAGGUUCCCCGUGUCUUCUCAGGGCAUUCUGGCAGAUUUUGCACCCUCCACCCCACCUCUGGUGCCCCCACUAGUCAUCCAGUGUGUGAAUCAAGUGGAAAGGCGUGGCCUGAAGGAGGUAAGUGCAUUUAUGGGGGGGCCCAGCAGUGGGGCUCUGAAAGGCUGGUUGAGCUGCUGAUGGUUUACUCUUAACUGCCAUCAACCUGGAUUUCCACAUCUAAUUCUGUCACUGCACAACUUCUGUGAUAUUUUUCUUUUUGCCCUACUUCCCCUAUGCUAGCUGUUGGGAUAGAGGUGUUGCAUUUAGUUCACUUGCUUCUCCUGACUUCUGAUCUUCUUUUCCUUUUUCAUCUUGGCUGGUUGUUUGGUUUUCUAAUGCAUUUUUAAUAUUUGUCUAUUUCUGUUCACUGGCUACUUUUUCUCCCCCAAAUUCCUCUCAGCCUCUUUAGGCUCUUCAUAAUCUUACUUCUGAUCUCUGCUGCUGCUGCUGUUCUCCUUAUCGGUCCCCUCGUUCUUUGCAUUCUGCAUGCUCUGAGCUUUCUCACUGGAUAUCGUAUGUUGGUGUUGCCUGCUCUGACCCUCUCCCUAGGCCCGGAACUCUUUGCUUCGGCUACCCUCCUUACUGGUGGUGGGAGAUGGGUUUGCAUACCCAGUGCCUGUUUUUAUCCAGCCACAGGAGUUAAUUAUAUACUUACAGGCCCAAUCCAAGGCCCUGUCUUUCACAUUUCAAGUCCUAAAGUAUCCAUGAGGGUGCAGCAUUACACAAAAUGGCCGUGACAUCUUUAAAAAGCAGAAAGAGGCAAGGCCACAAAAUGGUGCCGGCAGAUGCUUCUGACUAGUGGUAAUGAUUCCAGGCCUGAAGUGCCGGCUGAGACUGUACCUUAGUGGCCGUUACAAGCUUUUGUGUGUGCAUCUGUUCCUCUUGUCUUUUGCUCCUCGUGAUCUGCAGGCUGGGCUAUACAGAGUGCCAGGUUCAGAGCACCUCAUUCGAGAAUGGAAGCGCAAGCUGCUUUGUGCCCGAGGAGCACUUCCCUCACUGGACCAGGUGGCUGAUGUCAAUGUGAUCUGUGGGGUUCUCAAGGACUUUCUGAGGAGCCUGAAGGAACCUCUAGUGACCUUUGCCCUGCACCCUGCCUUCCUGCGUGCUUCAGGUGAGUUUGGACAAGGCAGUAGGUGGAAAGUGCCUUUUCUGGAGUGGUAGUAAUGAAACCCCCCCCCCCACACACCUCAUAGCACUAUUUCCUUCCCACCCAGAAAUUCCAGAUGAAGCUGCUCGCCAGACUGCACUCUGCCAUGUUGUGAUGAAGUUGCCUCUGGCCAAUAGGGACACUCUGUCUUUUCUGGUGCUGCAUCUCCAUAGGUAAGCUGGUGAGGGCAGAUUUUAGGCUUGAAGGGGGAUACCUGGAAUUCUAAAAUGUGCAAAACUUUCCCUCAACUUGGUGGAGAUUUCUGCCUUGGCAAAAGGUGACACUGCAUGUUCAAGCCAUGUAUUUUCCUUUGAAACAACAUAAUACUGUUUCUGCAUGUUAGGAGUGUUGUGAAUUUGCUUCCCCAUUUGUAAAGGCAGAGGCCUUUGCAUUUCAUUCCAUAAAGGUCUUCCUUUUCUUAAUUUUCUUACUCUGUACAAGGGCAAGCAGAUAAGUAUCUGACAAUUGUUCCAUCAUCAAUCCUUGUUGAAAGUGCUGACUGCACCACUUGCUACUAUGGGUAUUUUCCUGUCUUGCACAAUAGGUUUGAACAGCACUCUUUUCUGUUCAUUGAUUGGAUCCACAGUAACUGUUCAGAAACCUGUUUUGGGACACUUAUUUGCUACAUCAGAUAAUGCACUUCUCACUUAAAAGAAACAAACAUAAUAAUGGAUAUCUGUUGCAUCAAGGGGUGUCAGGAAUACAUUUUCUGCUAAUGAGGGGUUUUGUCUAAUCCUGUCCCCUGCAAUUUGUCUUGUCUUGUGGGCUUGGUUGCUUCACCUAUUGUGUGGCCUGCAUGAACCAUGGUUUCUGACCCUGUUGUGAUGCCCACCAUCCAUGUUAUGGAUAUAGCUGGGCUUUGUACCUUUGGGUUAGAAGGAUUCUGCUUUGGCCUUUGGCCUUUGACUCCAUGGAUCCAUCUCUCUGUCCUUAGGGUCAUGCAGAGCCCUGAGUGUCGAAUGGACCUGCACAACCUAGCACGUAUCUUUGGACCGACUCUAGUUGGGCACAGUAAUCCUAGCCCUUCCCCACGCAUCAUCAUGGAAGACACACCACGUCAAUGCCUGGUAACAGAUGCAACCUGUAUUUGUUACUUGUGUGCAGUAUUUAUUUAUUUUUUACCCUCUGUGGGACUGCAGGAAAGACUGCACAAUGCUCAGACUGUACAUCAAGCAAAAUCCUGAUGCAGUGUGGAACUGAGGAUUGAUUAUUUUUGUUGCACCAGGGUAGCUCUUGUGAACUCAGUGGAAUGUGGGGAGGUACCCUGAGCUUGGAGGAGGAAUGCUUCUGCUAAUUGUGACAAAGGCAGGAACAAAGUCCUGACUGUGGGAAAUCCUGCUUACUUCUGAGACUUUGCCAAGCAUUUUAAACAGAUUUUUAAUAUUAUAUUUUUGUCUUAUGGGCUAGAAACUUGCUUUUUUAUAUUAAAAGUGGGGGGGGGGGAGCUGAGAUUCCCAGAAAUGCUAAUUUUAGCCUACUGCAAAAUUCGGCAAGUGAGCCCUUGCUAUGUGCCAUGGCUUUCUUAUUCCAUAAAAUUUCAUAAGAGCAUAAAAACUGCAGUGAGAAAUUCAAAAGUCAAGGUAACAAAUGGAGCAUAACUGACUGCUGCUUAAUCAAUGCUCUUGCAUCUCAAUUAGUAGAGUUCAGAGAAUUAUUCUGAAUGCUUUGUUUCAAAUAUUGGCUUGUGAGAGUGUCAGCUUUCACUGUUCCUCCAAGCUUGCAUUUUUGCAAGUUCUCAUCUCUACCACAUUGUCAAUAAAUUUAUGAUGACAACUGAAUCCAUGUGAAAACAAUGGGCAGAUAGACACCUCUGUGGAACAUAAGCAAGAACCAGCUAAUGAAGGCCGGGUGGGGCAGAUAGGGAAGAAUUUCCACGAUUAGGCGGCAGACAAAGCUAACAUGAUUCCAUUCCCCCGCAGGUGGUUGCCAAUCUCUUAGCACUGCCUCUUUCGUUCUGGAGACAUUUUGUGGGAGAAGAGCAGGAAAACCUGGUGCCUUUGGUGCAAAAGCCCAGCGUCAUGAAUGAGCAAGGUGAACUGAAGUGUGGGUGGCUUGGGGAGGAAGAAAUAUAAGAGCCCCAUCCUUACUCAGUUUUGGUGAUCCUCCGAAGGACAGGUUGGUGGUGGUGGUGGUGGGGAGCUGGACCUAAUACUUCCCUCUAACCUUCCACCCACAGACCAGAUCUUCUUUCCUCUGACUCCCCCUGAAGUCCAGAUGAGCCCAGGAGGCGGCUGUCUCCCUAAUAAGCUAUGGGACUGCAUUGGGACCACCUUCCCACCCUCGUAAGUGAGCUGGCACAGCUGCCUGGGGUGCAUUUUGUGGGGUUGCAGGGGAGGGGGACCUGUGAGCUGAAUGCAGCCAUCAAGGCCUCCUUGUCGGGUCUCCCAGGACUUUCCCCUCACAGAUCCUGCUCCACUCCCUGCUUUUGCCUAACUGGAAUGUGCUGUUAAACUAUGAUGGUGCUCUUGCUUGCCUGGAUGGAGAAGUAGCGAGUGUCUGUUUGGGUGUGUGAGAGAGAACCUUUGGUUUUCGUAUGGCUGGAACAUAGUCCAAAGAUAGUCAAUGAUAAGUCACACCGGCUGCUCUGACAACUUUUGCUUCUGGCCCUGCUCACCACUAGUUUGCCACACCAGGAAGGUUGCCUGUGAGGGAAGGCUUUCUUCUGGCUGAAGAAGAUUCCCCAACCCAGCUGCUAUUGAGUGCUGCUACCAUCCUUGGAUAAGGACUGGGUUUGUUUGGGAAGGGUUAUCAAACUCUUGUUGCCACAGCUGUCCAUGUGCCCAUGCCCCUGAGGUGUGGAGGCUCCUACAUGUUGUGGAGGUUCUCUGACCUUCCUUUCACCUGGCCAGAGGGGCUGCUGCCAAGGGGGCUGCCAUAGAUGUCCACUCUGGGGUCUCCCUCUCCUGUUUUGUCUUCUGCCAGGAAUGCCUCCCGCACCAAGAAGACGGGCAAAUUCUUCCCACUUCCAGUAUCAUGAAGCAACUCUGAUGCACCAGCGUUGCGUUGGCUUCCUCCCAGCAACCCUCUUCCUUGCCACCUCCAGAUUCCAGGCCUGUGUCCUCACAUUUCAUAGGGAGAUGCUAUGUGCCUUAUCUCUUAAUGGUGGCUGACAAUCGUUUCUCCAACCUCCAUGAUCAGGAACAGAGGAGAUCUUGCCCCUCCCCUUUCAUACUGUUGGGUCUUGCUUUGUGGACUUCUGGUUUGCUGAAAACUCCAGGCAUGUUCUUGAGCCAUCUGUUUCCUCUGUUAUGAUGGACUCCGGGGCAGUGAAAACUGGGUUCAGCUUACCUUGUGUGCAUACCUUUUGUGCCUUUCCCCCAUGUCCAUUACUGGUUAUACUUGAAUGGCAGAGUUGUUGUCAUGUGGUGGAUGGGGAAAGUCAUUUCCUGGAGCAGUUCAUUAGUGGUAUCAUUCUGAUCAAAAACCAAACAUGGCACAGUGGGAGGUUUCUCGAGCACUAGAAUCCUCAUCACCUCAAUCACUGAUUUUUGCUCUUGAUGCUGUCCCUGGUCCUCGUUAGAGCACUUACAUGUUUACAGAGGGCAGCUUCCUCAAAAACUGGAAUGGCUAAACAGGAAGUGGUGGUAUUUACUAGCACAUGAGGUUGGUAUUACUAUUUCCCCCCCCCCUUCACAGUUUCUGUAACUCCUGUGCCUACUCCAUUUGGGGUUUGUGGGGGUGUCAGCUGUGCUGGUGCACCACCCAAUCAAUCCCUUCUGCCCAGAAUCAUCCUAGAAGUAGUACCUCUGUCCCAGCUUGGCCACAUGUCAGCCCUGAGUGAGGCCAUUUACUGUUAACGGGUGUGCCUUAAUCACCGAUGGAACUUACUUGAUGCUGAACUUAAGGAAGCAAGACUUCUUAGCUCUGUAUUACCCUGUAUCAAUCAGUUAUGAAAACGUUGUAAGAGUCUCCUGAUGCUAAAAUGUCCACAUAUCCUUCUGGAGUAAAUAGUAUCAAAGAAGGAUGGGAGAUGAAAGACUGUCCAGAGCAAUGACUUGGUUUUGUUUCAGUUUUGUCUCUCACACAGUCUAUCGCUUCCCUUCUCUCUCUUGAGACUCACUCCUGCCCAAUCCCUUCUCUUUCUCUGCUCGUUUCAGCAGUGCUCUAAACUUAUGUAUUUUGCUGAGGGAAUUUUGGGUUCUUGCCACCUGAAAGAUUCCAUGGCUCUUAACAAAUUAUUUCCCCUUUGUGAACUCCUAACUGAAUCCCAGUAUGCUGAGUGGAAGGAGCUGUAGCAUGAACUUCUUUUCCAAUGUGUGAGUCAACCUUACUCCAAUGGCUGGGAACUAUGGUUCUAAAUGCUCAGUGAGGUCCCUCCAGUGCUGAGUGCCUUAAAGGCAUGGUCAACAGCAGGGAAUUUGGUGUGGAUGAGGAUGUUCUCAAAAGGUGUUUUGAAUUUCCGG